AUACUGUGUGGGGUUUGUUUCCUGUCAACACAUGCUGUGGCUCCGGCGGCUGUCGGUACGUGUGACAUGGCUGCAAAAUCGAUAUCUUGUCAUGCAUGACACCCACAUGGUCGUGAUGCAACAUUGCGCCUCAGUACUUGGACAUUUGUGAGAUCUUUUUGAGCAGGUGUCCUUUGUUGCCAGUGGCAGGUGGAUGGUUUCAACUCAGUUGUGCAGAUCCCCGAAUGAGCAGCUCAAACGUUUGAUGCACAGGAGGAACCAACCCAGUGAAAAGGUCUCGCAAAGUCCAGACAUCCGGAACUUGCAAGAAACUGUGCCUUUGUGGUGCACGCGAGAAGAGCCGGCACCGGCGUUGUCUGAAGCAGAGGAACGUCUCAGAGGCGCCUUGGAGGCAUUGGCCACCCUGAAGGGAUCGAGCAGUCCAAGGGCUCCAAAGUCGGAGAGCCAGCCUGAGACACCAGUCAGAAGGUGGGAGCGCCGAAGAAAGGUCCGACUAGUGUCGGAAACAUCUCCUGGGCCGCUCACACCAAUGUCUUUGAGCAGAGGCGAGAGGCUUGGGGCGGACACCACACCUGUGAAAAUGCUGCGGCCGCAAUGCCAGGACCUGGCUGCCACACUGAGAGUUUUAGAAGACUUGGCCUCUGCUGCAGAUGCGGCUGCGGAAACAUGGCCUGUCUGCUGGGAUCUCUGCCGCAGGCUACGCCACAGCGCGGUGAGCAAGCUGGCUGAGCUGCGCCAACGAAACGAGGAUGGAAGCCUAUGCUCCAAAGUCCUCGCGCAGGUGAAAUCCGAUGCAGUCUUGGGCCUCGAGCUGCUGGAGAGCUCCGUGACCAACGAGAGCGCUUCGCACGUGGCGGUGACCGGGUGUCGCACGAGGACCUCACCCGGGCCAAGGGAUUUGCGAUGUAGAGAUCCUGAGGAACUCCGGAAGAUCUUGGGAGCUGUUGCUCGGGAUAUGGAAGAUACAUUGCAUGGCCUUCGUGCCAAAAGGUACGCGUGGCCGAAAUGAAUUUCUGGGGACCAUUCUAUGAGAGGAAUGGCAAUGGGGGAUGGGCAUCAUGAAUCAUGUGGGAAG